GGGUUUAAAUAUUAAAUGAAAAAAACAAACCCUAGGGGGAAAAAAAAAAGCCAUUGGUCGCCCUCUCUCCCUUUCUGUUUCUUGCUCGCCUCUGCUCCCUUCCUGUCGGUCGCCUCCGCUUCCUCCCUCCCUCCGCCGGCGACUCUGCAGCUCCGCUCCUCCCGUUGGCUGGCUUCUACCUCUCGCCCGCUCGACAGCGGCUUUCUCCCUGCCGAGUGGCCUCAGAGGCUUGGUGCUUUGCUGAUUGUGCACUGUUCACUCCCAAUGUGGAAUAAUAGGAAACAAAGCAUGAUGGUUCCAGGUGAAGGAAUGAAUUAUCAUAUUGCCUUUGAUACGCCAAUUCCUACUGAAGAAUUAAGAAAAAGGAAAGCUGCGGACUUCGAUUUUCACACUAGCUUUUAUGCGGACCACCUUUCAAAUAGAGAAUCAUAUUUGCAACAAGGUGUAGUUGCUCCUCAGGAAACAAAUUCCCAUUUGAGGGCUACAGAAGAAUUUCUUGCUUACAAUUUACAGCCUGCUACUAAAGCCUUCAAUACACAAUCUCAAACUGGGAACUCCCAGUUUUGCAAUUUGAGUAAUUUGCCAACUAUUAUGCAAACACUAGGUUCCAAAACACCAGAAGGUGCAAUUGGUGGCUUCAAUUCCAUCACGUACAAUGAGAAAGGAUCUUCCUUUUCAAGUAUGACGUUUCCUGCUGGAAUCACUAAUCAGGUUCAAUGUCUUAAUAGUGAUACAAUUUCAUAUGGAAGGGACCAUGCAAACUAUGGCAUGUCAAUUAAACCGCAUCAGUUCUCAGCAACUCAAUCUCUUAAUAAUGAUGCAAUUUCACAUGGAAAUUAUGAUAGCAACAACAUUUCUGUUGACCACUUGAACAUAAGAUAUAGAGAACAAAGUUAUACCAUCAUACAAGAGACAGUGUCCUCAAAACCUAUUAACAAUGAACAGUUAAGUCUAAGCUGUGAAAGGGUGGAAAACAUUGGUCAAUCUUUUGUGAACUCUUUGACCGAAACUUCGGAGAAGAAUGGUUCAAAAAGUAAGGAUGCAUAUAGUUCUGAAGAGGUGGUUACAAAACAAAUUGAGAUUGGCAAUAAGCUGCCUUCUCAGAAUGAACCAACAAAGUUAGCUGCCGGCCAAUUAUCUCCUAUCAUUGCUGAAAAGCUAUGGGAUGGUUCUCUCCAGCUGAAUACUUCUACUAUGGUCUCUGCACUUGCCUUCUUUAAGAGUGGUGAGAAGACUCCAGGUAUCAAGUGGCCAAAACUUGUAGAAAUUAAGGGAAAAGUGCGACUACAGGCAUUUGAAAAAUUCAUCCAAGAGCUUCCUCGCUCUCGUAACCGUUCUUUGAUGGUUAUUUCCCUAUGUUGGAAAGUUGGAUCCUCCAAUUCUGGUCUAACGGGUAUGUUGGAGGUUGCAAACGGUUACAGAGAGAGUGAGAAGGUUGGGUUUGCACAUAUCUGUUCAGGUUAUGAUCUUUAUGUUUGCCCUCGAAGCGACAAGAUAAUAACCAUACUUGCUAAACACGGUUUCUUCAAGGGCAUAAUGGCAGUCGAAGAAGACAAAGAUUCGAUGAUUGGUUGUGUUAUUUGGCGUAGAAGCCAUAAAUCAUCAAAUACUGGUCCUAAGGCGUCAGAUGGAACAAAAAACAGCUCGGAAAAGCUGCUUCUCUCCGAUGAGCCUUCGGCUGUGGAGGUGAAGUGUCCUCUUGCAGAAUCCACGCCGUGCUCAAGAGAAUCUGAAGGUGCCUCCAGCAAAAUCCUGGCUGCGGGUACAAAUAAUAUGAGGACAGAAAGCGUGUCUAUCCAGUCUAGCAAAAGUUUAUCUAACACCAGUAGCUCAAAAGGAAACAUCAUCAAGCGUAAUUGUACAAAUAGCAUCAUGCCAACUUCAGAAGUAAGAAAACCAAAUAUUUCUUCGGGUACAUCAUUAACUCCUCAACAGCCCCAGUUGUUCAGUUUGGACCUUAACAAACAGGUCGCCCUUCCUGGGCCGUCACCAUUUCCGCCUGAUGUUCUACAGAGAGUUAUCCACUCCUGCGUUACUGAGAAAAAGGAACCGACAAAAAUCCCACUUAAUGUUCCUCCGCCACUUGUAUUACAAGCUAAGGAGGCUCCUCAUUGUCCAGAUGAUGACGACGACCUUCCAGAAUUUGAUUUCAGCGAUGCAUGUGGAGUUCGGGUAAAGAAUCUUGUGAGCAAUUUGCCGUCUCCACUAAAUAGGCAACUCCAAGUAGAAAAGGCGAACAUGAGUGGCUUUGCACCUCCCGAGGCACGUAACAUGAAGCUGAAUGAUGUUUUAGAUCCAGCACCACCUACUUCUUCUUUUGGUGCCGAAUCACUCAAUGCUCGUGAACGAUUUUCAAUGCCGGCAAACUAUGGCAACUAUGCUUCAGAGAACAGGCCCGAUUCAAUUACAGCAAUUGCAAAUCAAAGUUUGCAAAGAAAGAGUAGUUGGAAUGAUUGCAAUGGUGACGAUGAUGAUGAUGACAUGCCCGAAUGGCGCCCUCCAGAGUUUGAACAAAUUAACCAACUUCAUCCUAGCAUCCCUAAUAAAGUGCCCUUUGAUGUGAUGAAUGGAGCACCACGUCCCAUGUAUUCUCCUUUACCUCGGAGACCAUUGAGCCCAUCAAAGAGCCUCGAUUACCUUCCUCAACAUCAACGCGGAAUAUUGGGCCCAUAUCCCAGUAUACCUGAGUCUCCUGAGAGGCCAGACGAAUCACCACCUCCUGGUUUUGCUCGUUUAAGUCGAAGACCUCCAGCAUUGCACGAGAGAAGCCGUUCCUCGAGACAUCAAACGAGCAGACCGGAAAUCAAACCGAGGCGGUCAGGUCCACACGGAAAUCGUCGGAGUUCAAAGGGUCGCUGAGAUAGUUAGGUUAUUUGUGUAAAUCAGUUGUUAGCAAUAACACAGUUAACCAAGAUGUUAAUAGUUGUUGGGAGAGGUUGCUGAUGAGCAUCUUGUGUAGGGGUUGGUUUGACGCCUGUCCAGAUGUCAGUGUUUGGUUUGAUUCUAUCAGUUGCUUGCUUCAGUUGGCAACUGAAUGUAGUUGGGAUCAGCUGUUUUAACCUGUAAGAUUUAAGAUUCCUGGCAGUGCUUUGAGAUAAUUUUAUUAGAAUAUGUUCUACAUUUGCUUUUGUUGAGAAAAUUUUAUUAGAAUAUGUUCUUCAUUUGCUUUUGUCAAGGAAAGAUGAAGCACAAACAGCUUAUCACUGGAGGAGCACCGACAGUGGAUCGGACAUUGUGUUUUGUAUCGGACAUUGUGUUUUGUAUUCGCAGAUUUUUCACACUUAA